CGACCCAAGCCCUCUAAGGAUGCGGAUGAUGAGGCCACCGACCUCUACACGCGUCGCCCGUCUGCAGAACCACGGUCAGACCGCACGGUCGACUCAGGGUCCAAAAUCGACCGUCCAGUCCCCAGCUAAAUGUGCGCACCGUCGCGGGUUUGAGACGCAUUGGGUUCGUAAGGGUCCGCGGGUUCACUCCGGUAAGAGCAUGCCCCAAGCGGCGGUCGAAGCAGUCCGAUGUAUUGACAACCUUCUUUGUUGCAGGGUAUGAGAAAGAACAUGGAGUUCCGUCUCGGUCGUUGGUUGCACCUUCCAAGAUCGAUUUGCUGUGGCAAUUAUUAUACCA